AAGCGCAGCAGUGACGUCAUUUGUUCCGCGUUGGCCUGGACGUGGCACCGAGAGGAGCUGCGCCCUCAGUUCGCUCUGCUCCGCGCCUUCUCGGCUCCAUUCCGCUACUGCUCCCGGAUCUCCGGCUCUACCCGCUGUCAGUGUGUGACCUGCCACCUCCUCCUCUCCGCAGCCAUGGGCCUCACAAUCUCGUCGCUGUUCUCCAGACUGUUCGGGAAGAAACAGAUGAGGAUCCUGAUGGUCGGUUUGGACGCUGCUGGAAAAACUACGAUCCUCUACAAACUGAAGCUCGGAGAGAUCGUCACCACCAUCCCCACCAUCGGCUUUAACGUGGAGACAGUCGAAUACAAGAACAUCUGCUUCACAGUUUGGGAUGUUGGCGGUCAGGACAAGAUCAGACCUCUGUGGCGACACUACUUCCAGAACACACAGGGUCUGAUCUUCGUGGUGGACAGUAAUGACAGGGAGCGAGUCGCCGAGUCGGCGGAGGAGCUCUCUAAGAUGGUCCAGGAGGACGAGCUGAAGGACGCGGUACUUCUAGUGUUCGCCAACAAACAGGAUCUCCCGAACGCCAUGGGUGUCAGCGAGCUCACCGAUAAGCUGGGUCUGCACAGCCUGCGCAGCAGAACCUGGCACGUGCAGGCCACCUGUGCGACGCAGGGCACAGGUCUGUACGAGGGACUGGACUGGCUGUCCAAUGAGCUGUCGAAGCGUUAGACCACCUGACAGGAAGUAGAAAGCAGACUGAUUUCAGCCGCUGAUGUCACCGUGUACAGAUGAGGAAGAGGAGGAGGAGGAGCGUGUCAUCGCUCCAUGUUUCUUUUUUUUCUUUUUUUUCUUCUUUUUUUUUUUUUUUUUUUUUUUUUAAAUUAUACCUGUGUGUCUGUAGGAGGAAGUGAUGUCAUGGACUCUGAGCUCACCUUGAUUUCCCAUCAUCCUCUUCUUCUGUUCUUCAGGUGUUUGUUAGAUCUUCUUUCUUUUAAUCCGCAUGUUUUAACUCAGAUUCAUGUGACAGGGGGAGGGGCGGGGCUUACGGCAAGUGACAGUCACCUGGGCAUUGGGGGCGGGAAUUAUGACAGGUGAUGGUCACCUGGUCGUGUGAAGACUCAUUCCAUAGAGCCAAGUAUGGCAGCCUCGUCAUUCCUUAUCAAAGUGAAGGAGAAACUGAGACCAUGAUGCAAUAAAGGUUUUUUUUCUUCUCA